AAUCCUGUGUUUGGAAGGUAGAUGGAUGUAGGCUUAUCUAUUCAAAGAUAUCACAGCGUGUAUGAGACCAGCCUGGGCUAGAAGAGACUGUCUCAAAAACACAGAAGUGAGUCGGCCAAAUAGCUCAAUGGGUAAGGCACUUGCCACCAAGUCUGAAGACCUGAGUUUGAUCCUAAGGACCCUCACAAUGACAGGAGAGAACCUACUUAUGCAAGUUGACCUCCAAUCUCUAAAUGCACACAAAACAUGGCACACACCCCAAUAAAUAAAUGUAAUUUUAAAAGUUUUAAAAACACAAAAUCAGGACAGCGCUUGCUUGGCAUAUAGGAAGCCUUGGGUUCCAACUAUACAAGCCAGAUGUGGUGGAACAGGCCUAACAUUUCAGCACUCAAGGAGGAUCCAAAGCUCAAGGCCAGCCUUGACCACAAAGAGAAUUGGAAAUCAGUUUGAGCUGCAUGAGACCCUGUCACAAACAAACACAAAAAUGGACCUCGUUAUCCAAAUACAGUCUUCUUUCGGGAUCUAGAUGCCCAAAUGGGGAGAGGCGUGGCAUAGGGUGCCCUUUGAAGAGGCUGAGCUCUUCUCUUCCCUCAGCCAAUCCCACCCAUCUCUAUCUCCAUUCUUUUCCCUUCCAAUCUCUCUGCCUGCUUCAUUGAGGUAUGCAAAUAAGCGUUCUAUAGCUCCGCCCUACACAGUAGCAACUCCAGGUCCAUAUUGUUAUGCAAAUGAGGGAACCAUUGUCCCGCCCAUCUGGCUAACUAGGCGCUUUGGGCCCGCCCUGUUGGGUUAUGCAAAUAAUAUUCCGUUUCUCCGCCCCACUGGAUUAUGCAAAUAAGACCCACUGUGGUCCCGCCCCUGCCUCGACUACGGAGUCUGCGCGGAGCUGCAAGCCCGGCUGUCAAGACUUCUCCAUCUCCGCGUCCGCCUGCCUGACCAGUGGUCUCUCUGACUGUCCUGCGGUGCCGGGACCGUCUAGACGGAGCGGGGGCUCAGGCGGCGGCAGCCUAGACAGGGUGAGGGAGGAGCGUGGGCGCCUCUUCUUCCCGAGCCGGAGGCUGCCCGACCCGGGCACGCAGGCCUCAAUGGAGCCCUGGACACAUAGUGCCUACCCUCGCCUGCCUGGGCCUCAGUUUCCACAUCCGUGCAAUGGAGAUGAGUGUCCUUGCCCUGCUAGCCUCCAGGAGUAGCUGUGAGUUGGUGGUGGCCGAGGUGGAAGCCUGCGGGAAGCCCUAGGGUGCUUUCACAGGCCCAGCCUUCACCAUGGCUGGAGGGAGACCUCACCUGAAGCGCAGUUUCUCCAUCAUCCCCUGCUUUGUCUUCGUGGAGUCUGUGUUGCUGGGCAUUGUGAUCCUGCUGGCAUACCGCCUGGAGUUCACGGACACCUUCCCUGUGCACACCCAGGGCUUCUUCUGCUAUGACAGCACUUAUGCCAAGCCGUACCCCGGGCCUGAGGCUGCCAGCCGAGCACCUCCGGCCCUCAUCUAUGCCCUGGUCACUGCUGGGCCCACCUUCACGUCUCGUCCACAGAUCCUCCUGGGGGAGCUGGCACGUGCCUUCUUCCCUGCGCCACCCUCUGCCAGCCCUGUCAGUGGGGAGAGCACCAUUGUGUCCGGGGCCUGCUGCCGCUUCAGCCCCCCUCUUCGGAGGCUAGUCCGUUUCCUGGGAGUGUACUCUUUUGGCCUAUUCACCACGACCAUCUUUGCAAAUGCGGGACAGGUGGUGACCGGCAACCCCACGCCUCAUUUCCUGUCUGUCUGUCGCCCCAACUACACGGCCCUGGGCUGCCCACCUCCGUCUCCUGACCGGCCAGGGCCUGACCGCUUCGUCACGGACCAGAGCGCCUGUGCAGGCAGCCCCAGCCUGGUGGCUGCUGCACGCCGCGCCUUCCCCUGCAAGGACGCGGCCCUGUGCGCCUACGCGGUCACCUACACUGCGAUGUACGUGACCCUAGUGUUCCGCGUGAAGGGCUCCCGCCUGGUAAAGCCUUCUCUCUGCCUGGCCCUGCUGUGCCCCGCCUUCCUGGUGGGCGUGGUCCGCGUGGCAGAGUAUCGCAAUCACUGGUCGGACGUGCUGGCUGGCUUUCUGACCGGGGCGGCCAUCGCCACCUUUCUGGUCACCUGUGUUGUACACAAUUUCCAGAGUCGCCCCCCCUCUGGUCGAAGGCUCUCCCCCUGGGAGGACCUGAGCCAGGCCCCCACUAUGGACAGCCCCCUCGAAAAGUUAAGUGUGGCCCAGGAAGCCGAGACCUGCAGGCCGCAUUCGACACCGGCACGGCUCACCCCAUCCAAGCCGCAGAACUGUGCCCGCCGUGGCCACCUGAUUCCCAGCUGUGUGUCCUCCAGGACCCCAGCGAUGUGCUCCUCGCCCCGUGUGCCCCGCCCUCGCCUGAGGUCUGAGCCAACGCCCCUGCCGCUGCCUCUGCCCCUGCCCGCACCGACUCCCAGCCAGGGUCCCUCGCCUUCCUCCCCUGGACCCGGGGGUCCCGGUGGGGGAGGGGGUCGCGGCCGGAAGCUGCUGCUGCCCACGCCCCUGCUACGGGACCUGUACACCCUCAGUGGACUCCAUCCCUCCCCCUUCCACCGCGACAACUUCAGCCCUUAUCUGUUUGCCAGCCGCGACCACCUGCUGUGAGACCCACACCUAAAAUUUACCCAGUGUCCCCUGUUUCUUCCCUGCCACGCGUGCGUGUGCCACGUGAGUGCUAAAGGACCCUGCCCUCCAAAACAGCCAGGCUCGGCGUCAGAAGGUGGCUGGAAGAACACUUCUGGGGGCGGGAAGGAUCUCCUGGCUGCUCUUUUUUUGGCCUUCUUAAACAUCCGGGUAGGCAAAAAUAAGCAGGUGGGCCCGUGUCCCUAAGACUGCCCUUUUAACGGCUGAUGCUUGACCCAACUGGUCAUUGUCACGCCAGUGAGAGCUCCUAGUUCUCAGAAUUUAAUCUAAAAGUUUACUCCAGCCGAUGGGAACCUCUCACUUCUUAGAUUCCUCAAGCAAGAGGGCAAUUCCGGCCAGUGUUCAGUGUCUAAACCGCCAAUAGGAGCCCUUGGCUUUCAGAAUUGCUGAGAGUGGGUGGGAAUGAUUCCAGUCAAUGGGGGACCGCCCGUGUCAAAGCCAAGUCAAAGCCAAGAAGGGCUAUCCAGACUCUCCCUAGAAUCACGGAGUCCAGCUGGAGGGUGGGGGCAGGCUCCCCCAUGGCAGGGUCCUGCAGCACCCCAUCUUUCUAGCUCCUCCCCCCAGGUGCACCAUCUCAUACCCUCCAGCUCCCGACUUAAGUAGGGCUUGCCCCAGCUCGCAGGUUUUGGAGUUCCGGGUGCUGUCUCCCCUUGGCUGUGCCCAGGGCACCCCCAACCCUUCUAUUACUUAUUAGGGCUGUGGAAAAAUAUCUUCUUGGGACCCACCCUUCUUCACACUGCCCCCUUUGCCUCAGCCUCAUGCAGAUUGCCAUCUUGGGGGGCAUGGGUGAAGCAGAAGGGGGUUCCCCUACCCGAAUAGCCAAAGGCAGUGGGCAGAUGAGACACUGAUCCCCUUCCCUGCCCCCUCCUCAUCUUUAAUAAAGACCUGUUUGUAACAGAA